UGGUUCGAUUGACUCGAAUGUUCGAUGGGGUUCUUUGAACGACGAGAUCUAGCCACAGGACGAACAUUGAAAGCCAAACAAGUUCGGACCGCAUCGUCUUCCUUCGUGGAGCUUUCACAAUGAAUAAGGAAACCGAUACAAAAAGAAAAGCAAGCAAAGCAACUACUCCAGAGUAAGACUUGAUGAAGUACUAGCUAGUAGCCAUUAAAAUCAGUUCCCAGCAUUGCUAAACGAAAUACGAAAAGAUCCGUUGAAUCGAUCCAUUGGAUAAUAGAAGGGAUCAUGACGUCGGCUGCCGCCGAGCCGCCAUCAUUGGCAGAGAGGCAAAAGACGGCUGCAUCAGAGCUUUCCAGCCUGGGCCGUGUGUCUCAUAAACUCGCCCUGGUAGAUUCCUCAGAGCGCCUGCAACAGGUUUUAGAAAAGUUGCUUCCGAGAUUACUCAAGAGAAUUGGCGACAACCACCAACAGCAGCUCAAACUGGCUCGCGAUUCUGCAGAUAAUCAACUGAGAAGUACUCAUGACAAGAUCCACGCCAAGUUGGUGGAAAUGCUGGGGCACACCAUGAAGCGAGUGCGAGAUGACAAAGCCUGCAAGCUGCCCUGUAAAGAUAUCCUUCAACUUUUGCUCGAAGAAGAAACUGCUACCGGUACUUCUUCAAUAACAAUGUCCACCAAUGAUCAAGCUGGUAGAAUUCAGGAACAAGCGACAACCCCAACGGUAGCGGACACACAAAGCAUACCCAAAGCGAAAACAAAUGUCGAUCCGUUCACGCUCAACUUGGCGUUGGCAUUCCUUACGCUUGGGCUACCACGAAGUUCCACGCACAACGAAGUAGAAGCAUUGCUACCCUCAUUGCUUGCACUGGUUGGUCACUAUUCAGGCCUCGCAGCUAUUCGAACACCCGCCAAAAAGAUGCAAUCCAACCAAGUUGGACACUUGCUCCUAAGGUCAAUUGAAUGGAUGGUGGAGGACGAAAACAAAUUGUCCAAGUCGCCUUUGUUGGGGAUGAAUAAGUCCAGAAAAACACAAAAUGAGCCUGCCAAAGAUACCUCCAUGACAUUGGCCAGAAAAGUAUGUGAACAGGACCAAAGGGUGGCUGGUGCUGUCUUUGAUCUUCUACUAGAUGGCAUUCUCUAUCAGACAGUUGCAGGCAACGUGCCACCGAAUGGGCUGUCACAAGCAGGUCACGAGCGCCUCAAGUCUGGAAGCUCUACCAGCGAGCGAGAUUGGGCAGCCGAGAAGGCUCCAUCCAUGAAAUUGAUGGAGUUCAAAUUAGCUCUUCUAGAUUUUAUUGCUCCUAGCAGACGGUGGGCCAUAUUUGCUGCAUCCAGCACCAACACGACAAGUGUAUCCAGAACCGUGGCCCUUUUAGUGGCGGCAACGGGGGAUCCGAAUCCAGAAGUGGCACAGCGGGCGACUACAUAUCUGAAGAUGCACCAUGAUUCUAAAAGGGGUUCCAGCUCGACUGAAGAGAAUGAAUCAGAUCCAUCAACAUCAUCUGCAACUGCUGUGGGGGACCCACUCCGUCUCACCUGUGGGUUGUUGGCACUAGCGCUCGGGCAGACCAAUGCAGAGAGUGCCAUGGCCUCGGCCUCAGCUGGCAAUAGCCGCAACAAUGCAUGGCUUGGGAUGACACCAGAGGAAUCCUCUAGUACAGAUUCUUCACAGCUAAUCCUCUCAUUGAAACGGCGCGCGGUCGUGGAGUCCACCGCGGCUACAAUAAUGAAGUAUGUCGGGGAAAAGAUUCUGGAAGAAAACCCACACUUGUUCAGGCAAGCAGUGGAAGUUCAGCAAAUGGCAACGCUGUCAAUCUUGGUUGCACAACGAACUCUAUCCAACCUGAGGACUUCUUCAGGGCUUUCGGCGUUACAGGCAAGGCCAUUUGUGGCGGCUGCUGGGCUGUUGAAUGUCCUUUGUGUCCGACUAGCCACUUUCUACGAUUCUGUAUUGUCAACAGACGAGGUGAACGAAAAGAGCAAUACCGAAGAAAAGCUCAAAUCGGCAACCUUGACACUGAUGGCACGAGCAUUGGCAACGGCAUGUUUCGUCUUGGCGCCAGCAUCCACGCCUGUUUCCAGGACGUCCAAUUCUGGUGUUGUGUCCAACGAUGGCAGUAUUACCAUUCGGGAUGCCUGCUAUGGAGUGGUGUGUUCUUUGUCUCGUUCUCAGUUUGUGCUGGCCAGAGAAAACUACAUCUUUACUCGCGGUGACCCGAACAUCUCCGACACUAGCGGCAAUGUAUCCAUUGACACUGCUUCACUCCUAUUUGGAUGUGCCACUAAUGAAGCUGACCGCCUACGACCUAGGGCCGUCGCUGCUCUGGACGCCUUACUGGGAGCAUACUGCCGCGUUUUUCUGGUUAAGGACAAGCCCGAAGAACGGGCUGCAAUUGUUUCUGAGGCUCCUUCAAAUCCAUGGGCGACCGUGUCAGACGUGAAACAAUCUACAUCGGCAGGGAAUCACCAAAGCGACAAUAAAGAACGGGACAAUCUUUCUGUGGUCAAAUCACUCCUCCCCCUUCUGUGGUCGGCCAGCGCCAGCCAAACGGCAAAGGCAUCGAGAGUUGCCGCGUCCAGGUGGGCCAGUGACCUCAUAAAGAUGAUAGAUGUAACAAGCGCUUGCCACCUUCUUGUGUUUCUUGCAGGGGACUCUGAUGUUACAGCGUCCACCAUCGCUAGAGAAGGGCUUGGCCUCCCAAGCAAACUAUCCAUCGCAUCUUCUGACGACGACGACCUACUCCAUGACGACGCUUCCUCGAAAGAUGACAACGAAUGGUUGCCCGGCUUUGGUGACUACAUUUCAAUUGUGUUUCCUGCAACAAGGGACGAGAAAUCUUCUUCCGCAUACUGGCGCCCUCAGUACUGGGACAUGUCAUUUUCCGGCAAAGCCGCUGCAAUUCGCUUUGGCCUUGUUUGCCUCUUCAGCGACAUGUACCAUGGGGAUGAAAAAUCACUGAAGGUAUUCGUCGCAACGUUGGCCGACACUUUGGUUCUCUUUGGAACCAAGGCAGAUGGGACCUCUGUUGGUUCAAAGGCCCGAGGAAGGGAGGCUGUGGUUUUGCUAGAAGAAUUAACGAGAGGGCUCCUGGCAACUCUGACCACUUCGCAGUACGCUCGGAAUCUGCUUGUGACUUCUUCGUCGGCUGAUCAAGGCGAGGUGUCUCUCUCACUCAAAGACAUUGAAUUCUUGGCGCUGACGGUAAAUUCAUCGCGAGCCCGUCGUCACCUUGCAAACUGUUGUCUUCGUCUGUACGCCGACACCGAUCUAUGGCAAUCAACCGAGGCUAAAGAUGGGGAUUGUACCCCUGGUGUGGAAACAUGGCUACAACGAACUCAGCUGCUCUCUACGCUCCAAACUUGCGCCUCGAAACUCAAAGGGAUUGAAAAUCACUCUGGAGCGGGAGCAGUCCAUGGAGCCUCAUUCCUCGGUGCACAGUGCAUCUGUGCGUUCAGGUCGUCCGCCAAUCCAACAACACAGGCAUCUCCAUCGGAGGAGGAGUGCUGGAAGAACGCAUCAGCAAUUGUUGCUGCGUUGGGGCAGGGUGUUUUGCACUCCGAUGACAUUGUUGCCAACUCUUGUGCGGAUGCGCUUGCGGCAGCUUUCGCCUAUGAUUCCUUGGAUGCGCCCAUUUUGGACCAACGGAUGUACGAAGCAAGUGCGUCCGCCAUCGGCAACCUAGCGAGUGGCUUGAAAAAGUUCAGUAGCAUCGAUCACGUUGAUGCACCGCGGGUCGCAAAGAUUGUAAAGGCCGCUGGAAUAUGUCUUGCCGCUUCAACCUCUGGUGCUGGUGUAGUUUCCAACAGCAAAAACGGCUCCUUGGAUCUUGGUCCAGCUCGGUUGACGUGUGUGGAAGCACUAUUUUCGCUUCUUGGCUCUCCCGCGUUCCGAGCAGAUGAAGAGAUUGCACUGGCUGUUGGGGAAGCUUUGGGGAACUACGCUGACGCGAUCCACAGUGGCGCCGUAUGGAGCUCCCCAGACAGAGAAUGGCCGAAAGAUACCGAUUACGAUGAGAAUUUUGCAAGGGAACUUCCCCCGCAUGGACAAGUUCUGUACACUCUUCUCCGCAAAAUCUAUCCAUCGAAUAGCCCCCAAAAGAGGACGGCAUGUGCUCCCGCCAUGCUGGGAAUUGUGGCCCGAGCUUGUAGAGGGGUGAACAAGAACGAGAGCUAUGCGCAGAGAAGUCUAGUUUUAGAGAUCAAGAGGCAAUUGGGCGAAAUCCAACUUGUUUUCAUCAGACUCCUCUCCGAUCCCAAGAGCAAACACUUGUCUCGGGAGAGCUGUUGCCUCGGGCUGGCUGCGUGCCGAGGCCUUACAAAGAGUGUCAAUGUUGAAGGAGUGCGUGACAUGGGUACCGAGGAAUUGAAUAGUAGGCUCUUGAGGGCCUUUGGUCAAACUUCAAAUUAUGGCGGUAGCGCAUAUCAGGAGACGGCUCAACAGGCUGCGCAACGGAGAGCAGCUGAAAGUGGCGAAAGCGGACAGGUCAACACCGGCAUGGAACAAUUUGGGGAAGGAAGCGAGGUUGGCGGAGCUUCAGGUCUUGGAGAAGCAGCACUAAAUUCUUACAAGGAAAUGGCAGCUGCGGCCAUUAGCCUUGGAAGAACUGAUGUCCUGUAUGCCUUGUUGAUUCUUUCAAUAUCCCAUCCAGCCUGGUUCACGGGGUCAAACAAGUACAAGUACAACGCGUCUUCUCUUCUUGGCGAAGACUCAAUUGUUGGAAGCCGCACAAACUCCUCAGAGUUGCGCAAAGCUUUGAGACCGCACUUGGGGAAACUUCUUCCCCGAAUCCUUCGUGCCACUCACGAUCCCCAGAAGCAAACUCGAGAUCAAAUGAGUUCCCUCUGGGUUGGACUUACGGGAGGGGGGUCGGAGUCGCGUGCAGCAAUAACGGAACAUCUUCUCCCCACUGUGGACACACUGAUUGAAGAUGCCACCAACAAGCUAUGGCGAGCAAGAGCAGGGGCAUGUGGUGCAUUGGCUGAGAUUCUUGUUGGCCGAUCAUGGGAUGAUCUUGGUUCCGGAAAAGCUGUGAUUAACGAUGAUGACAUUCAUGCUUCAACGUCAAGAUUGACAGCGGGGAUCCGGAUCCUUCGACUCUUUCGGGUGGCGAUGAGGGCUCUUGAUGAUGUGCGAGGGAAUGUACGAGAGGCGGGGGAGACCCUCGCGCGCACAAUGCGAGGGCUCUCCAUCAGGUUGUGCACUCGCACUUUGAAAGAAGCCCCGGAUGGGACUAGGCUUGGAAAGCAGGCAAUUGAAAGUCACGAGCGGAAUGCUAGCGCGGCAUCUGCAACUGUACUGAGAUGGCUAAUCAAGCAUGGUUUGAAUCAAAAGUGUGCCGAGGCAACCGGAAUCUGCCUCUCCUGCUUGGUUGAAAUCAUUGAUGUCGUUCAACCAAAGAUUCUACAACCGCUCAUUCCUGACUUGCUGCUGUCUUUGCUCCUCUCCAUGUCGAGCUUGGAGCCAUCUGCGUUGAAUUAUCUACAAGUACGGUCAGGUUCACACGAUGCUAACUCUGCUCUUUCCUAUGAAAAUCUUGAAAGAGUGCGUCUCCGUUUGGCGCAAAGUGGUCCCUUGGCAGCUGCUGUGACCAAGCUGCUUGGCAUGCUUCCCUCCGUGAGCAUUGAGACUCAAAAACAGGUUGUGCCCCAGCUUGAUGCCGCACUAAGACAAUCUGUGGGAUUUGCCAGCAGAGCUGCCACUGCUGAUGCUGUGGCAUCUCUUACACAAUCAUGCCCGAACGCAUUCAACUUCUCGGGCGCUGGAAAUAUGAAUCCUUCGGUCCGACUGCUACGGGCUCUCUACUUUGCAUCUGAACGAGAGCGUGGUCAAGGAGCUCGUGACAAAAUGAUACACUCUCUGGGGAAUUUGGCCGCCCUGUGCCCGGGCAGCAGUGUCCGUGUGCUGGCUAAGAAAUUAUGCGAUAAGUACAGCACGGCCACUGGCAACAAUGACGAUCCUGCUUCCAGAAGGGCCAGUGCUUCAGCUCUCCGAAGCAUUGCGGUCAGAGCAUCCAAUCAGCUUUCGGACGGCGGGCCCGGUAAUAUCUGGGCGAGGCGCGUUUUGCCAGUUGCCUUUCUGGGGAUGAAAGACGACGACGACAAAGUUGCCGGCCUUUGGAGAGAGGUCUGGGACGAGGGGUCCAUUCAAAUAGAUUUGUCGUACGCAAGCUCACAAGCUGGAGGUGAUGAUGGCUUUGGGGGGACCGAAGAGAAGCUACUGCCGUAUCUGGUGGAAGAGUGCUGUAAUGCUCUCAACGGCUACGCAUGGCUACGUCGAGUUGCGGGGGCUUCCGCUCUUGUGGAUCUUUGCAACUCUGGUGUGCUGUCACCAUGCCCGCGAAGCACUUCUCCAACAAGCAACUCAGAUUCCUAUUCACUCAAACGAUCCCAGAGAAGAGCAGAAGCAACCAAUCGUGCCUUAUCGACUGGCCUCAAUUUGCUUUCAAAAUCACGACUAUGGACAGGAAAGAAUGAGGUGAUCAAUUCUGUGGUUUCCAUUGCAGGAAAAUGGAAUUCUGCCAUUCUUGACAAGGAUUCAACCGAAGAAAGUCUUUUCGGCUGGACUGGCCCUGGCCAGUGCCCGUUCCAGCCAAUUUCGGUAACGCUGAGCGGCUUCGGAGAAGACCUGUUUGUCGGCGAUGGUUGGUUUCGACUGAAAAACACAGUCGAAGUAACUGUGGAGAACAACGUCGAGCAAGAGACGACAGACGCUAUGGAAGUUGAUGCUGAUUGCAGUGCCGAAGGCCAAAAGCUUGACUUUGAAGACGCCGACAAGCUUCUCGACAGUGAAGACGAAGGCCGCAAUGGCAAUGCCGAGGCCGCAACGUUGAAAGAAUCCCGAGUUCCGACUUUUGCUGGGAUAUGCCUCUUUCUUUUGGAUCAGGCCAUGCCAGGUGAAGUGUCGAAGACCAUUGCGGAUUCUGAAGAAUUUCUCCCCUACAGGGUAGCCGCGUUUAAAGGCUUGCGCGAUAUGCUGGCCAGCCUGGUUGAAUCCGAAACUUGUUCACGGGGGACAGAACUCAAGAAAGAGCUAUAUCGUAGCCUUUCUCCCAAUCUGAUAUCCAUGUGCAGCAUACCGCACGGCAAAGACUCCAAUGCAGAUUGCUCCAAGAAGGCCGACGAGCCUCCCGUCCUCGUUGCUAGAGCGAUAGACUGCCUUGGCGUGUGCUUUUGGCAAUCGAUGGGAACACAAGCAGAAGUCCAAGAGUGUCCAUCUGCAAAUGUUCUCAAGUUGACAACAAUGCUGCUGGCGGCAGGAGGUGAAAAGCAAGCUGCUUGGACAGUCCGAGAAGCCUCGCGCCUGUGUCUUUCAUCUUUGGCUUCAAAAUGCCACGCUCAGGCUUUGCGCGACCACAGAGUACCUUCUGCAAUAGUGGAAAGCGCAGACCAGGGUCGGAAAGACAGAAAGUUUUGGAAAGUGCGACUGUCUUCCGUGAAGUUGCUGCAUUCGCUAGUUGCUCGAGCUGGGAGCAAGGCGAUAGAUGGGAAAGAUCAAGAGAGGCAGCUUCUACUGGAGAGCAUUUUACCAGAAAAGGAAAGAAUCCUUUCGAUAUCAAGGAAUAUGCUUUCGGACUCGGAGCCUAAGGUUACCGCACAGAGUGCAUCACUGCUCAGCCUGAUGUCAUGGUGGCCGUAA